AUUUAUUUAUUUUUUUAACUUUUUACCAUUUCUAAGUUAGUCAUCUCCUUCGACCAGCCCUCCACCGGCCUAACAGCAAACACAGGAACAAAGACGGAGGCUUGGCUCAGCUUCCCCAGCUGUUGUUGGGCGAGUCCUGGGCGGUGACAGACGUCUCUGUUCCGCCCCCAGCCGCGGCGGACUCUCAACAGGCGGCAGACGCGACAGUUCAUUUACAGUUCUUGACUGCAGGCAGACUGAGCCACUUGGAAAAACCUGAUCUGAACGAGAACUAGAAGCAUUUCACUCAACCGGGCCCGUGGGACCGUCUGGGACCUUCUGCAGCUCCUCUGUGGCUCUCAGCAGGAACAUCGCCGUCGUCCAUCUGGACCAUGGUUCUGUGUGAGGACAGCGACUGCACCGUCUGCUUCUUCCCUUACUCCCGCAUGGACAGGAUCCCCCGGGUGCUUCACUGCAGACAUACCUUCUGUGAACUGUGUCUGGAGGCCAUGCAGCAGGUCAGGAGCAGCUACCUGGCGCUGGCCUGCCCGCUGUGCCGCAGGGUCACCUGCAUUGACCGAGGCCUCAGCCUGCAGGAAGCUCUGUGGGUGGACAGCAGGCAGUGGGAGCAGAUCGCAGAGGCAGGAGAGGAGGACGACACACUCAAACUGGAAGGAGAGGAGCUGGAGACCAAGCAGCGCCUCUCAUUACAGAUGGAAUGUGUUUCUCCCAGGCUGAGGAGGAAGAAGCUCCGGCUGCCCACGUUUUUCAGGAAGUUCAGCUUAACGAAGCGGCAUCAGGAAAGCAUCGUUCCCGGCAGCAAUGUGGAAAUGAAGUCAUGGCGCCGACUCUCUGCUGAUUUUUAGGACGGGCGAACCAGGUUUCUCCAGAGAAAAAGAAGUCCGUUGACGGACUGAGAAUACAUCUGUGCUCCUGUCAAGACCUGGCUUUGUCUUCAGGUGAAGGGUCUCUGUGUCCCCGUUAGUUCUCCCAGCUGGUGCUGUGGGAUUGAGUUCAGUUGUCCCAGAGGGGCCGACACCCCAACGGAGACCCCCUCAGAACAGAUGGCCACGGCCCAACACUCAUAUGAUUUCCUUUAUUUAUGUGCAGAUCUAUAAGGACUUUUUUUUAUUGCAUUCAUUUUCACUUCUCGACUGUCGUCUGACAGAAUCCUGAACUGAAAGCAGAGACACUCGCCCGCUUGUUGCUGUGCAUCAACGCCAAGUGUUUUCCUGCUGAAAUAAAAAAGUGAAGCCAGCAUUUCUACUAUGAUCAUGCGAAUAUUACUUCUGUGGGCACAAAAACCUGCCACAAAAGACUCACCCACCCGUGAAAGUGGAUUAUAAUCUCCAUUCACGCAGCAUCUGUCUGCAUGUUUGAUGACGUCACAGAACUGGAUCAUCACUUUCAUGCAGACGUGACAAAGAAGACGAGACUCUCCAGGGAGAAGAAGGCGGAGUUUAGUGAAAGCAAACAGCAUAAUCCCGUUAGCUGACGGUUGGCGUUUGCUGGUGGCUGACCUGCAGGCUGAAAACAUGAAGCAGCAGUUGAUUUUGUCCCAGUUUUGCAAUGCGUCUGCAGGCGGAUCAGUGGGAUCACGGAGCUGGAAGAACCUCCCUGCAUGACUCAGCAGCGGUGCGGGAUGUCUGUCACCUGCUUAUGUAUGAAGGGGUUGCUGGGAUGGAAAACAACACACACCGACAACAACCUGCAUGGGUGUGCGGGCAGGGAACUGUAAACACACACAGUACGGCUGAGAUAGGAAAGAACAACACUCAAGUCACUGGAAGUCCUUCAAACAGAGAAGGACGUGAAAACGUAAUCAGACAAUAGAGACGUGAUCAGCUGAUGUGCGUCCUGUCUUCUAAUCUGUUAUCAGUCCAUCUAUGUAGUCAGAAGUAUCUGCUCCUUUCAGUCCAUCUGCAUCUUCUUGAGUCGUUUGUCAGAGCGCUGUGGGUUUGCUUUCAUGAACACAGCAGAACCACAUCUGCCUUUAGCUUCCAUGAGGCACGGCUGAAUUAGUGCAGGAGUGCUGCUCCUUGCAGUCCUUCAGUGUGUGGAUGAGCCAGAGGUCAGAGGUCAGCGCUCCAUCUGCUCUGAAAGCUUCACCAGAAGCCACAAAGCAUCUGCAACCUCAUUUAUGCUGAAAUGAAAGCGGCAGAUUAAAUCGCCAAAGAAAAUGGGUUAAAUCUAGGUCCAUGAACAGAACAAAGAACCACGACGCAAAGGGACUGACGGCUGCAGCCUGGAGACGCCGUCUCAGCUCCAAUUGAGAUGCAGCCGCUCCAAAAAGCAGAUUUCUUUCCAUUUGGCUUUAUUUUUUGUAGAAUUUUUAACUGUAUUGUUUUCUCCAGACACAAACAGAAAAUAAACCUUUUUUUUUUA